UUGCGCGCGACGGCUCACGGACAGCAGUCGGAGUCACGGAGUACGAUGUGUGCGUGAGUGCGCUCCGAAUCGCGGCACGGGCGAAGGGACGCUAUGGAUGCGUUCGGAUCGUCGAGGGUACGCGCUCAGAAGGGCGACGAGUUAUCAAAGAAAAGAGGCGAGGAGAAUUAAAGUGCAAGUUGUACUGCGACUGGCUGCCCACAUCUUUAGUAGCUACUGAUGCUGUUGUAGCCUGCAUAGAAGUAGUAUUUCUCUAUACUGUGCCUAUCCUGUGAAAACCUUAUAGAUGUUUAAGUCUGAUCUAGAGGUCACGGGUAUCUCCCGUAGUGGUCGCGUGAGGAAGAAAUCUUCCAAGCUCGUCGACUUCGAAUCUGAUGAUCUUACGGAAAAUAAGCUCAAGCGACAGAAGGCACAGCAACAGCAGCUACAGACUCAACAGCAACUCUUGGAUCAGUAUGAAGUACAACAGCAGCAGCAGCAGCAGAUAUUGCCCACACAAUCCAGCCAGACAUCAGGUAAUGUCGGGCAACAGAGAAAGAAUGCAGGCUCAAAUCAUGCGCAACAAAGGCUCAAAAUGGAAACCUCAAUAUCUGACAAUGAGGGACAGUCAUCCACUUCGGAAUCUGACGAUCCCAUUGGAAUAAACGAGGACGAGAGAGACAGUAUAGACUCUGGCAGUGACAAUGAGGUAGAUUCUCUUAUGAUCGAUGAAAGAGAAAUGGGAUUUAGGAAGCUAGAGCCACCAGCAGGUCAGGAAAUACCAUCACAGGCAAAUAGUUUAUACAUGCUUGAAAAAUGUAAAAAAAAGUUGAUUAUUAAGGAUGGGAAAAUUAUAGGCAAGUCAAAAGCACAACGCAAGGAUAAAGGGAAAACAAGAUUUACCGCUUACAUGCUAUGGUCAAAGAAAAUUAGGCAAGAACUGUUAGAGCAAUCUCCUUAUAUGGAUUUUGCGGCAAUUUCUAAGCGAUUAGGAGAGCUGUGGGCAACAGUGCCACAUCUGGAAAAGUAUAAUUGGCGCAGGCGUGCAAAGCGCUUAGCAGCAAAGCCUCAUUCUUUACCAGCAAGUAAAGAUGAGCCUGUUUGGAAAAUGCCACCACCCGCCUCGCGAAAAAAAUUCAUUAAUAAAAUUGGUAACGGAAAAGAGACAAAAUCCACUCCUACAAAAAAAACCAUUCAACUUGGUGUGCCAUCUGUCGUUGGGAACGUUCCAGUCUCACCGCCGUCAAAUCGCACCAGUAAAGAUUUGGUUAAUGAGCCAGUAAUAGGCACGGGAAUGUACAAAGUCGUUGGAACGCAACCGAUCGAUGUCGCAGCUCACCUCAAGUUACUUGGUGAGAGCUUGACAAUCAUUGGAGAACGUUUGAAGGAGCACGACGGUCAAAUAGCUGUUUCUGGCAGCCUCUCGGUUCUACUGGAUUCACUGCUCUGUGCCUUAGGUCCGUUAAUUUGUUUAACGCAGCAAUUGCCGGAAACUAACGGCGCUAGACCUGAAACACUUUCCCAAAUGCUCGACAACAUUGCUUAUCUUAUGCCUGGUCUCUAAUGUACAAACUAUGUAAAGUUUAUAGGAGCUCUCAUAAUAAUGUAAAUACUUGUAUGAGAAGUUAGAUAAAAGAAAAAAAGGGAUUAUACGAGCGUGAAAACAAAAGUAACAUUCAUUUACUAAAAAUUUAUAUCUUAAAUACAGAUUUUCCCGUUAUAUUUCGUCUACGGUCAACAAAUAAAGAAUAACAUUAUGUUUUAUAUAAAUAAUAUAUUUGUAUAAAAGUUACAAUAAAUAUUUAAAUAGUCUUGCAUUACACAACUAAAUAA